AGCUACCCUACCCGGAAAACUGACACAGUUAGAGGACGUCUUCUGAGAGCUGAAGUGUGUCCCUGAACUACACGACGAUGGCUAAACUUAGUAGCUGUUUCAAACGGCUUUUUAUCUUCUUCAACCUGCUGUUCGCGAUUGUUGGAGGUGUGAUUAUCGGCCUGGGACUUCUGGGUCAAUUCUUCUACCAUGGCAGUACUUCAGAGUUUGAGAACCAGACCACUGGCUUUGUUGUGCUGUACGUGGUCGGAGGUGUCACCAUGGCUACGUCUCUGCUUGGAGCGUACGGAGCACACCGAGGGAAGAGAAUCCCCCUGAUCGUGUUUCUGCUAGCCUGUAUUAUUGGCUGCUUCUGCUUCCUGCGUCUGGCGGUGCCCACAGCCAUUUACCGUCCUGAGGUAGAGCAGAGCAUGGAGGAGAAGUUCCGUGAGGUACUGCCUCUGAACCGAGCUUCCCCUGACGUUAGACAGCUGACUGAGAGGAUUCAGCUCGGGUUGAAGUGCUGUGGGUUGUUCAGUUACACAGACUGGGGCCAGAACGUCCCUGACUCCUGUCUCUGUCAGGGUGAGGAAGAUCAGGUGGAAGGUAAAUGCCUGAACAUUCCAUACAAGUUAUUGUUCUUUUCUGAUAUCAGCAUGACUGGACAGGAGAAGCUGAUCUACAGACAGACCUGCUUCCCCAUCCUCAAGGGCUACAUGGCUAAAGCAAUGGACAUUGUGUUGGGCGUCUUCUUUGGAUUCGCUGUUCUGUCUCUCCUGGGAGCGGUGAUGUCUGCCGUCCUGCUGGCUCAGGUGAGGAGGUCUACCGUUGGGGUUCCUGUGGUGUCCAGUGUCAGCUCUCAGCUGUCCAAGUUCAGCUUCAGUUAUCAGCCGCCCAAGUACAGCGAGCUUUACAACAUGCCUGAGAAGUCUGAGAACUAGGCCGCUGCUCAGGCUGAGGUUCAGGAUGUGGUUAGUUAGACAGCAUGGUUGAGGCUGUAGUUCUGUCUGGCUCAGCAUGGAAAUAGAACUACUAGAAUGGCUAAAUCCCCCCCACAGACGUCUGUACUUUGACUGCACCACCAUGGGUAUGAUGAAUACGGUUUAAUGGGGAUUUUCGUUCUAGUGAUCUAUUUCUAUGGUGUCCAGCCUCUGUAACCCCAGGUCAGUGUUCACACUGUUUCGCUUCCACAUCUUGUUGUUGUUGUGUUGUUAACGAGAGAGCUACAUAACUACUCUUACUAUCAAACCAAAAGAAAGGUACUACUUCAUUCUGUCUCAUUUGCUUUGAUUUGAGUUCUACGUUUUAAGAAAACCACCUGUGGUGAUUAUAAAUGUGCAGGGAGUUGCUUGUAAAAUAUUUGUGAAAUGUUGCAUUUUAUUUGCCGAAUGACGACGAACUGGCAGGGCGUUGUGAAAAGAGGAUAUUGUAAAGAGGUUAUUGUAAAGAGAGUACAACUUUCUUUCAUUUCCAUAUGAUUUUGAAUGUCAAAUAAUUUGCCUUGUAACUGCAAUAAUAAAGGGGAAGAAAAUGGAAGGUUGACAUGGAGAUAAGGGAAAAUAAAUAUCUGCAGCUGACACGGAGGCCAUUUGUUUUUUGCAAUGAAAGGAUGUUCUAUUUUUUGCUAUGAACUGUAAAUCCUUAUAUGAAAUAUAUAACAUGCCAACUGUCUUGCACUCUAUUUUUCAAAAUAAAGCAUCUGUCUUCUA